AUGAAAAUCAAAAAUAAAAUCGAUAAUUUGAAUAAAGUCGCCGAGAAAAAAUGGAGAAAUUUUGACGACGAAGCAGCUGAGAAAGCAUCAGAUGUAACACUGAAAAUCGACGACACAUAUGAUUCGAUUUUUGAUUUCGCAGAAUAUUUCGAUUGCAGAAGUGUUAUUGAAAAAUGCGAAAAUUUCAUUAUGAAAAAACCGAUAGAUAUGUCUGUGAAGGAAACUUUUGACUAUGCAUUACGAUAUAAACUAGAAAGGUUGAAGAAAAAGUGCAUUUCCGAGUUGAAGGCAUCUGCCGAUAUUCGAUCGAUUAUUUCGAAAAAUUCGAAUCUAAUCGAUAAUGCCACUUGGAAACAUCUAUCGCUGAAAAUCACAUCUCUUUUUGAAGACGUUGAGAGCCAACUGGAGAUUAUGCAGAAGACUCUGAAAACGCAGAAAAAUGAGACUCCGAAAGUUCGAAGACACCAUUUUUGA